ACGCGAAACGGAAACCAGAGUCCAGAGGUAUUCCGAAAAUUUGUCUUAAUUUCGUUUCGCCUCCUCGCAGCUCUUCCGGACUCUCUUCUCCUUCGGCCUCCGGCAAUACUAAGACUAAUCGUAUCCAGCGAGCCUUUGCCGUUUCUCUCUCAAUAGAAUGGCUCAACAAUUCGUGAAAUCUGUCGAAGAUGGCUUGAAGCUCGCAAAGCGAAUAUACUUUGGAAACGAUCGUUCCGUUUCGCCUCCAAGGCCGGUUGCAAUGGAGAAAUCUUCCCACACGCUUCUUCCGACUUCUCCGAUGCUUUACGCGGUGAUCUCUGAUCCUGCAAUUGUUGAUAAUCCGGAUAUUCCGAGCUACCAGCCUCAUGUUCACGGCCGGUGUGAUCCGCCGGCAUUGAUUCCACUUCAGAUGAAUGCAAUUUCUGUGGAGGUGGACUGCUAUUUGGAUACCGCGUUCGUUACGGUUAACGGAUCGUGGCGUGUUCAUUGUGUUAAGGGAAGCCGGAGCUGUGAUUGCCGCCUUGCGAUCCCAAUGAGCGAGCAGGGUUCAAUUCUAGGUGUUGAAGUCGAUGUCAUCAGAAGAUCAUAUUGCACGCGGUUGAUUACCACAGAAGAAAAAGAAGAUACUGCAAAAGCCGCUAAAGUGAAGGAUGGAGGCUUUUUGAAACCCCAAAUUUUUACCAUGACCAUUCCAGAGGUUGAUGGAGGGUUCAACCUGUCUGUGAAAGCCAGUUGGUCUCAGAAAUUAUCAUGCAAAAAUGGUCAGUUCUCUUUCACUCUACCAUUUAGCUUUCCCGAAUAUGUCACUCCUGUUGGAAAGAAGCUUCCCAAAAGAGAAAAGAUACACUUAAGUGUAAAUGCUGGUACUGGGAAAGAAGUUUUAUGCAAGUCAUCUAGUCAUCCUUUGCAGGAAAUAAGGCAUCAAGCAGGGAAAUUAGGUUUUUCAUAUGAAGCAGAUGUUCUUUCAUGGUCAAGCACUGACUUUAUGUUUUCGUAUGAGGUUUGUUCAAUUGAAAUAUGUGGUUCCUUUCUCUCGCAGUCUCCUUCUGUGCAUGAUUUUGAUCAAAGAGAGAUGUUCUGCCUUUACCUUUUCUCAGGAAAUAAUCAGAGUACAAAGGUAUUCAGAAAGGAGGUUGUAUUUAUUGUUGAUAUAAGUGGAAGCAUGCGAGGAGGGACACUUGAAAGUGUGAAAAAUGGAUUAUAUGCAUCCCUCUCCAAGUUUAGUCCUGAAGACUCUUUUAGCAUCAUAGCUUUCAAUAAGGACAUGUAUUUCUUCUCAUCUUCACUGGAAAAGGCAACCAAGGAAACAAUUGAAAAUGCUUUUCAGUGGAUCAGCAUAAAUUUUGUAGCAGGCGGUGAUACAAACAUAUUGCCUCCCUUAGAUCAGGCAAUAAAAAUGUUUUCCAAUACCAGUGGUUCAAUUCCUCUUGUUUUCCUCAUUACUGAUGGGUCGGUUGAGGAUGAAAGACACAUUUGCCAAGUUAUGAAAACUAGUCUGACUAACAGAGGAUCCAUAUCUCCCCGCAUUUGCACAUUUGGUAUAGGUGCAUACUGUAACCAUUACUUUUUGCAAAUGCUUGCGGUAAUUGGCCGGGGUCUUUAUGAUGCUGCAUAUGAUGUAGAUUCAAUUGAACUUCGAUUGCAAAAACUGGUCACUUCCGCUUCAUCUGCUGUUCUUGCAAACAUUACAAUUGAAGGUUUGGCACACCUUGAUGCACUUGAGGUGUAUCCCUACCAUUUUCAAGACCUCUUAUCUGGAACCCCAUUAACCAUAUAUGGUAGAUACCAAGGGAACUUUCCUGACAUUGUCAAACUAAGGGGUACUUUGAGUGACAUGAGGAGUUUUGUGAUGGAUUUGAAGGUGCAAAAUGCAAAGGACAUCCCUCUUGACAAAGUGUUUGCAAAGCGACAUAUUGAUCUACUCACAGCUCAAGCAUGGUUGUCAGAAAAUAAAACACUUGAAGAGAAGGUUGCAAAGAUGAGUUUACAAACUGGUGUUCCAUCCGAGUAUACCCAUAUGAUCUUACUUCAGACUGACAAAGUGAAGCAAACACCUGAACCAAUUAAGACGAGAGAGGAGUUGGGCGAAAUUGACCUUGCAAAACUAGUGGACUCGAAAGGCUGCAAGAUAUAUUCUUUGCCGAGCUUGGGUACAAGUUUUGGAAACUUGACUGCAACACAAGAGAACAUCCCUCCCGGAUCCGGUGAAGCUUAUUCCUUGGAAUCUGCAGAGACCUUUGUGAAGGCAACUUCUGGUUGUUGUGGCAAGUUGGUCCAUGCUUGUUGUUGCAUGUGCGGCAUCCGAGCUUGUUCUCGGUUGAAUAAUGAAUGUUCUAUUAUUCUUACUCAGAUUUGCACUGCCAUAUCAUGUUUUGCCUGCUCCGACUGCUGUGCAGACGUCUGUUCAGGGAAUGAAUGAUGAAGAGUGACAAAUAUAUAUCUUAAAAUGUAUUUAUAUGUGUGUAACUUUUGUAUAUCCUGUCUUUCAGGUUAUACGCAUGUUGCAUCUUGGCUCA